CUCCAAAGGUGGCGAUCACUCUUCGCAAAUUCAGAGCGUCCAUCCAAUGCUUCGUCAAUAGUAUAACUCCCACCAGCCUGCGCAGGCGAUUGCAAUGGCUGCUCCGGCAGUCUCUCGCCUUUCCAGUAACGCCCUUUGCUCAGCCUGUCUCGCCCGAACCUUUCGCCAGUCCUCUACUUCGGGCAACCUCUUGCGAUGGUCUUCCUACGGAAAGAGAAAGCUUCACGCCGCGCCACUGAUUGCGACUGCAAGCUCCCGGAACUCAGUAGGAAACUCACAAAGCUUCGUCCGCGACUAUUUUUCCGCCAACGAUUCGCUAGAUAGAGGAUGGGUCAAGAGCGGGCUUCUAGCGGCAAUGCGGACUGCCGCAGAACCGCAGCAGAGCAAAAAGAACUUGUCGCGCAAGGACAACAUACUCCGCGCCGAGGAAGCAUAUGACCAGCUCUCAUCAGACCAUAAACGGGCGAUCGCGGAGACAUCUGGCGCCCAAGAAGUGAGCCCAACAGUUCAGGGUGUAGAGACUGUCCAGCCCAUACCUGGAAUUCAGUCGGACGAGACCAUAUUACCACACAGAAGGAGGAAGAGACGGAAGAGUAAUGAUCCUUCUUCCACAGGCCCAGAAGAAUCAUUACCUCUAGAUGCCUCAUCACAAUUGACAACGGCGGCUGCAUCUAUGCCCGCAUCCGCUACCUUCCGACGCAGAAUGGCGACAUAUCUUUCUCUAUCGAAGCCUCGAUUAUCCUUCCUCAUCCUACUCACGACGACUUCGGCAUACUCUUUGUAUCCCCUACCAGAAUUACUGUCUUCCACAGCCUCGUCUGUGGAGACUUCAUUUUCGACUUCGACCUUGACAUUGCUCUUCCUGACUUCGGGAACCUUCCUAUCAUGCGCCUGUGCAAACACUCUCAACAUGCUCUUCGAGCCCAAAUUCGACGCUCUGAUGACACGAACUCGCAACAGACCACUCGUCCGGAAUCUGGUUUCUAAACGAUCCGCGGCACUCUUUGCACUAGUGUGUGGAGCCUCGGGACUCCUACUUCUGGGGUAUGGCACGAAUCCUACAGUAGCUGGACUCUCCGCUCUGAACAUCUUUCUCUAUGCUGGGGUCUACACUCCGAUGAAACGGCUCUCGGCAGCUAAUACAUGGGUUGGUGCCAUAGUAGGUGGUAUCCCACCUCUCAUGGGUUGGUGUGCUGCUGCAGGCGAGGCGGCCACUUCAGAGCACCACUCGUGGCGAGAUAUGCUCCUUUCCGAAGAUUCCAUUGGUGGUUGGGCACUGGCUGCGCUGUUGUUUGCCUGGCAGUUCCCCCACUUCAUGUCUCUUUCGCAUACUAUCCGAGAAGACUACAGAAAUGCUGGCCACAAAAUGUUGGCUUGGACCAAUCCUGCCCGGAAUGCAAGGGUGGCGUUACGAUACUCGUUUGCCAUGUUUCCAAUAUGUGGGUUGCUGUACUGGGGCGGAUAUGUCAAUUCAGGCUUCCUGGCCAUUAGCACGGUGUGCAAUGUAUGGAUGACUCGCGAGGCCGUCCGUUUCUGGAGGAAACAAGGAGCUGGAGGUAGUGCAAGAGGCCUCUUCUGGGCGAGCGUCUGGCAGCUCCCUCUCGUGCUCGUAGGCGCGUUGGUAUGCAAGAAAGGGCUAUGGGACGGUUUCCUCGAAUCCGAGCCGGCUGCAAGCAUCUACGACGAGCCUGAGAUUGAGCUUGAUGGCAAUACUCUGGGGAUGGAUUCAGCACAAGCGCCAAAGCAUUUGAAGAUUGCCACAGAGGUUAAUCCCGCCAUGCUUGGGUUUAAGCGACCAACUUGAACAGCGCUCCCAAGCCGACAAACACUUGCCUCUCGCACGAUGGGGCCGUUGAUUUCAUAGCAUGACCACAUAUUGCUAAACGUGUAGAAUACAAGGGUGCUGAUGCACGACCACGAAGAUCAAGUAUG